AUGGCUCCGUUGCCAGCGUUCAGGCUGGAAACGGCCCCACCAUUCUACCACACAGGUUGUGACUUCGCCGGCCCCAUAAAAUACAAGAACGAUUCAGGCGAAAAAGCGAAAAGCUACAUUCUCCUUUUCGUAUGCGCGGUCACCCGAGCGGUCCAUCUCGAGCUAACAACCGACAUGUCGACCUCAGAGGUCCUCGGUGCUCUACAAAAAUUCGUGAACCGAUACCCGUCGGUGACCACGAUCACUUCAGACAAUGGCUUAUCGUUCCAGAGGACAGCAAAGGAACUCAAACUCCUGUACGAUCACAUCAUCAACGGAGAAAUAAAGAAAUGGCUCGCAGACAAAUUCAUCAGAUGGAACUUCAUAACUCCGAACUCCCCUUCGCAUGGCGGCUUCUACGAGCGCCUCGUGCAAUCGGUCAAGCGACCGCUGAGGAAAGUUCUCGGAACAUCAGUUCCCCACUUCCGGGACCUGGAGGUGAUUCUGAGCAACAUCGAGCUGAUGAUAAAUAAACGCCCGAUCACGGCGGUAGCAUCAGGUCUCGACUCCACAGAAGCCCUCAGCCCGAUGGACCUUUUGCACGGUUAUCGAGGAGAUACAUUCUUUCCGCAGCAUGCGGCCAACCCGAUGAGAACCAAGGAUUCGGACAAGAUAAUUUUCUCCAGGAGAUGGACCUACCAACAGAGGAUCCUAAAACUCAUUCUGGAAAAAGAUUCCACCGCGAAUACCUGA